AUGAAAAAGGUUUAUUUUAAAAUACACUUGGGUGGUCUUGUCUUGGGGGUAAUGGAGCCCAAUUACAUUGCAAUCUUUGAUAAUACUUUGAAUGCAACCUACAUAUAUGUGUCGGACAGUGUCUUUGAUGUCCUGGGCUUUACACCAGAAGAGAUGCUAGGAAAAGGAGGCUACAGCCUUAUCCAUCCCGAUGAACUCGAUUCAGCCCAUCUGAUCCAUCGAGCGAAUGUGAUGAAUGAACGCAUGUCAGUCAUGCUCACCUAUCGCACUCUCCACAAAAGCGGCGAAUAUGUUGAGAUUGAUACGGUCGUGAAUUACUGUACCGAUGUCGUCGUCUGCACUAAUUUCUUACAUGGCAACAGAACAACAGUCCAACACAAGAUCCGAGCUAGUUCUGUUGACGAAUGGUUUGUGAUUUCCCCAGACGGAUCGGUACAUUUGGUCGGAUCAUGGCAGGACAAUCAGGCUCGAUUAAACAAGGUUUUGACGGUUGGGAAUCAGUGGAUCAAGAAUCGAGUAGCCCAUCAACAGGAACAGCGAUUCUCCAUGAUCCUGAACAAGUUUACCGAUGCGCUCGACAUUGUCUUUAUUUCACGUCUUGCAGAACCACUAGUGGGAGCUCCGGCUCGUCUAACUGUCGGGCAGUCUCUGUAUAUGUUUGUCAAGGAGUCUGACUUGGAAUCCGUAGAAGUACAGAUCAACCUGGCAAAAUCGAACAGCAGAAUUGUCCGUCUACGGUUUGAAUGGAUCGUUGAUCGGAUUCGGGGGGUGACGGCAACAGUAGAAGCUGUAGUAAGCUGCACCAAUGAUGGCCUUGUGAUGGUCGUACGACUGGCACCUUUAGUAUCAGUAGAAGAUUCUUUUAUUAAACAACAGCAAAAAGAGUUACAAGCGUAAUGUCUUUUUUCUUUAUAUAUAUAUAUAUAUCUUAUAUUUUAUAUUUCAUUUUACUUUAAUAAUAACACAGAAAUACAAACACAGGCACAGGUACAGAUAUAUAAGUAUAAGUAUAAAUAUAAAUAUUAAGAGAAUGAAAUAAAGAGGCCUAGAUAUAGAACC